UGAGACUGAAACCUGCAGAUAUAAUAAUAAUUGUAAUUACUGCAUUAACUUUCAAGAUUUUGUUAUCAAGAAUGGCACAGGAAGGGACCCCAGAUAAAAGUUCCGAUGAGUCGGCAUCUGAAUUUAGCCAGACUAUAUUUGGUGCAAAAAACUUGGAGUAUCAGAUCGAACAGUUUGUCAGUUCCGGUGGCCAGACAGUAAAUAUCCUCCUGAGUGGCAAGACAGGAGUUGGCAAGUCUUAUUUGACAAAUGCGCUCAUUGGAGAAAACCUUGCGGCAGAAGGCUUUGACAUCGACCCACAAACUAAUGACGUAACUGCUUACGAGGUUGUCAAGAACGGCGUGACUAUCACAGUAUUCGACACUCCAGGACUUGCAGAUGCAACUGGCAAUGAUGAAGAAUAUCUGCGGAAAAUCAAGGAGAAAGUAAUCCACUUCGACCUGUUUCUGUUCUGUACUGAGAUGACCAGUAAGCGAUUCCGCACCGACGACUUGGAAACGAUAAAGAAGCUUACAGAAGCCUUGGGGAAGAAACUUUGGGAUCACGCUCUGGUGGUUUUAACCUUUGCCAACGAAGUCCCACUAUCGUCAACCAAGAAGACGGAUGAUGUACCUGACGCAACCGCUUUCAGUGACCGCUUUUUAGCUUUCAAGAGAAAGAUAAAAAAACACUUGGUUGCUAUCGGAGUACCUGAGAUAACAGCGACUAAUCUGCCAUUUGCGCCAGCCGGAGAGUUGGAUGAUCCAAGACUUCCAGAUAGAGAAGACUGGUUAACAGCAUUUUGGAUCGCGGCUUUCAAACGUAUCAAUAGGAACGCAAAACCUGCUUUCCUAAUGGCGAGUAUCGAUCGUAUUUCAUUUUCUUCUGAUGAGGGAAAAGAAGAAAGCAAAGUAAGGAAAGAUGGCAAAGUUGUCAAUCUUGACCAGUUCAGAAAUUUAUCCAUUGAAGAAAGGAAUGCGAUUAAAGAAAUCAAACGAAAAUUGAAAGAGAGCGACUUUGACAAAGAAUUGCACCGCUGUUUGGAGAAAAAUAAGACUGAAACAUCACCUGGCCAAGAUGCUAAGGUGUCAGGUCCCUCCAUCAAGGUGGACGAAACGCACUCUAAAGACCUCGUUAAGGAUAUGUUUAGCGAUGUAACAGGGCAACUCAUCUGUGAGCUGACCGGUGCUAAGUUUGGUAGAAAGUACCAAACAUUCUUGGGCUGGCUAAUGAAGUAUUUUAAGAAGUCUUACGCAACUUCUCGACCCACUUUCGCUUUAAAGGCUUGACCAGAAGGCAUGAAGAAUGAUCACAUGGAAACCAAAAGAAUGAAAAAGAGAGAAACUCUGUGCCAUUAUAAAAUACUACCACUUAGACUAUGAACAUAUAAUCUAUUAACGAAAAUGAACUCUGUAUACUUAAAAGGUUCAUGUCACUUUUCUGAAAUCAAAUGUGCUGUAGAAAAAAUGUGUCAGAUAGAUUGCAUGUUACAUGUAGGCUCGUUAGAGGUCCAAGCGCUCUUUUGUUGCAAGAUAGGACGAGUUUCAACCACCUGCAGAUUACGUUGCUGAGUAAUAUGUAGAUUUAGCCAAGCCUAAAAGCGGAGCUCUUGUUAGUUUAUUUUCCAGCUCUUCGUUAUA